AUGGACCCAACUACGGAAAAAGGUGAGGAUGUGACUUAUGCUAGGAUGUGCAUUGAGAUACACCCGAGAUUAAUUCUUCCACACCAGAUGACGGUAACAGACAGAAAAUGUGAACUCACAAUUAUGAGAAUCUCAUAUGAGUGGAGGCCGAGUAGAUGCUUUGACUGUAAUACAUUCAAACAUCUCUAUUACAAGUGCCCGAAAAUGAUUGAAGAAGAAAGGAAGAAGAAGAUUGAGAAAGAGACGGAGACAGAAAAGAAACAGAAAGAAGAACAAGAAAUGUUGGAAAAGGAAAAGGUGGAGAAUGCAAGGCAGAAAAAUGUUACUAAAGAAUCAUGGAAGGAAGAUAGAGUGGUAAGAGAUUUAGAAUCAAAUACUGAGAAUGAAGAGGUAACAAAGAAACUUGAACCGAAAGAAAGAAUCAAUACCGAAGAGGUUGUGGAAAGGGAAAGCGUGGGAGUAAGCAAGAAAGGGGAAGUGGGUAAAGGAAAUGGGAAAGAUAAAGAAGAGACAGUUGAAUCGGUUGAAACUAUGCAAUCUCCAAUUUAA